GCGCCGCUUAGCGCAACCAAACCGCAAACCCGCGAACUUAGCAGCAACCGCGCCAACGCACCGAAACAUAAGACGUUUGUUGGGAGCGUCAUUCUGCCGCAGUCGCAGGGGGGCCGAUUCGAGAUUGCUACAGCCAUUGAUUGCCAAGGGGAAUUAAUCCACAGUCACCGACCCCCGGAUAAUAAAUAGGGAAAGACGACGCUGCACGCUGCACGCUGCACUCUGCACGCUGCACAUUGCCCCUACGCACCGCUUAUAGGUCAGGUCGCCGCCGCCGCACUUCGCCGCCGCCGCGAUGUCGAGCCAGACGGGCAAGUGGCGCGAGGACCAGGUGCUCAUCAUCUGCCCCGGCAGCCAGACCACCCUCGCCCAGCUCGGCUGCAACGAGCUGACGCCGCCCGCGCACCGGUUCCCCACGCGCAUGUUCCGGGACGUCGAUUCGGACAAUUGGCGGCCCUACCACACGUACAAGCGGAGGAAGGGCGGAGACGGCGGUGCCAAGAAGGAGGAGGAGGGCGACAAGGCCGCGGCGGGCGGGCAGGAGGAGGGCGCCGCCGAGGGUGCCGCCGGGGGGGAGGAAGAGGAGUGGGAGUAUGUCGAGGACGUGGACUCGGUGGAGGGGGCGGUUUAUCCCAUCCAGGCCGGCCGCAUCGUCCACAUGGACGCCUUCCUCGCCUUCCUCGAACACGUCCACUCCCAGCUGACGACGACCUACCACAACACGCCCAUCAUGCUGAUGGCGUCGCCGCAAUGGACGCGCCCGGACUGCGAGGCCAUCGCGCGCUACGUCUUCGAGAAGACAAAGACCCCCGCCCUGUGCCUCAUCCACAGCGGCAUCGCCACCCAGUACGGCCUCAAGUGGCCCAACAUGACCGUCGUCGACGUCGGCUACGAGAAGGUCGACGUCACGUGUAUCCACGACGGCCGCGUCGUGUCGCACAAGGACGUCGGGCCGGACGAGGAGAUCAGCGGCGGCGAGGUCUUCACCAGGCGCCUGUUGAAGCUGCUGGAGGGGAAGGGCUUCGACUACGACAUGGCCGAGCAGCUCAAGAAGAGCCCCAUCUGCGAGGUGCUCCCGUACGCGCCGGACCGGGAGGAACUGAUGGAGCUGCCGGUCGAGACGGAAGCGUCGUUAUCGGGGACGGCGACGGCAGCGGGAGCGCCGGGAAGUGAGGCGUCCAAGAUCGGAGAGGCGGCGAAGAGCUUUGCGACGGACGCGGACGACGAGGCCGGGACCGGCACGGAGGUCAACGCCGUGGAGGAGGACGGCGUGUUGGAUGUCGCCAACAUCGUCGCGAGCGGGCAGACGAGGGAGUUCCUGGCCAAGAAGGAGAAGGAGAAGGCCGAGAAGGGGAAGGCCGGGCGAAAAGGGAAAGACAAAGAGGGCGGGGGCGGUGAUGCUCCGAAACCGGUCCGGUUGCCCAACUCGAAGAAGGUCCGAAAUGUGUUUCACUACGAGGAGCUCGUGACGGAGGACGUCCCGGUUGCGCCGCCGGCCCAAGAAAACGGCACUAAGGAUGGCGGCGGCGAUCAGGAUGCCAACAUGACCGAUGCACCGGCCGAAGCACCGACCGAAGCGCCAGCCGACGCACCAGCCGAAGGCGAGGCCGACGAUACAACCAGGCCGGAGGCAGCCGCCGAGCCGCAGUCGCAACAUGCCCACCAGCCAGAACAAGCCCAGCGGGAAGAGCAGCAGCAGAAGCAGCAGCAGGAGGAGGAACAGCAACAACAAUCGGAACCGCAACCGCAACCUCCCUCGGAACAGCAGCCAUCAGAGCCCGCGCCGACGGCGACGGAACGGGUAACACGGCGUGUCCGUCGCGACAUCGAGGUCGGCCUCGAGCGGUUCCAGUUCGCGGACCGCAAGGAGAUCGACCGGAUCGUCACGGCCAUCUACCGGGCCGUCCAGGGCAUCGAGGACAUGUACAUGCGCCCCGGGUGCUGGGAGAACAUUGUCUUCGUCGGCAACGGGGCGCGCAUCCGCGGGCUCCGCGACAACAUCAUCCAGACGCUCCAGGCGCGCCACCACAUCUCGCCCAGCUCGGCCAUCAUGUUCACGUCGGAGCUGCCCUCUAACAUGGGCACCCCGUCGGGAACCGGGUCGCAGACGCCGACCUCGUCCUUCGCGGGCGCCCCGCACCAGCUCCCGACCUCGAGCAACGUCAACCCGCUGCUGCAGGCGGCCACGACGGCAAACAUGGCGGGGGCCAACAACAACGCGGCGGCCGGGUCGGGCGGCGCGGGCGACGCGGGCGGCGGCGGCGGCGGCACCAGCCACCACUUCCACAGCCAGACGCCGACCAACAUCCGGCUGGCGCCGCUGCCCAACUACCUGACCGAAUGGGCCAAGCACGGGUUCGAGGAGGCCAUGUUCCUGGGCGCCCAGGUCGCCGCCCGGCUGGCCUUUUGCAUCCAUAACCUGGACGCGCAGGGCCUCGAGGCGCAGCGGCUGAUGAGCCUGAGUCGGGUCGAUUAUAAUGAACUGGGCCCUAAGGGAAUCCGGUCGCAUUCGAUGCUUGGGUGAAGCUGAGGCACUGGAUGAUGUGUUUUGAAGAAGAGAGAUGAAAUGGAAAACAAAAUAGGCGAGAGAGUGAGUCAGGGAGAGCACAGCGAGCCGGCGACGGUUUCAAUAGGACAGCAGCGUUGGCUAAUUCGGCAGCAGUUGUCUCGGGAGUUUGGGGCAAAAAGCGUUUCAUGACUGGAGUGGACGGGCAGGCAGGCAGGCAGGCAGGCGUAAAGUCGGAAUUGUUCUU